AUGUCUAAUCCUGAAAGCUUCAGAGAGCUUUGUCGAAAUGAAUUACACUCUGGACCAACUUCAGGGUUACUUUCAGGGUACGUCCAAGCGAAUCUUUUGAUCCUUCCACAAUCAGCUGCUGAAAGUUUUGAAGACCUUUGUUUCCGCAACCCGGUUGCAUGCCCACUUUUAUGCAAAACAAAUGAUAGCCCUUACCGCUUAGAGAACCAUGACCGCUACAUCAAAAAUGGACACUUUGACAUUCGCAGAGACUUUCCGAAGUACAAUAUAUAUCACGGUGGAGAGUUGAUCGAACAGAAGAAUAAUUGUGUCGACGAAUGGGCCGAGGGCCAUGUGGGAUUUUUGAUCGGAUGCUCAUUUUCGUUUGAAUAUGCAUUGGCCCAAGCUGGACUGGCUCCUAAAAACGUAGUGCAAGGUUCGAACGUUUCAAUGUUUGUGACUACCAAAUAUCUCGACACCUCUGGUAUAUUCCAUCGAUGCCCAUACGUUGUCAGUAUGAGACCAUACAAAGUGAAUGAUAUCGAGCAGGUAAGGCAGAUUACAAGGCUUUUCAAAAAGACACACGGAGAACCCAUCGAUUGGGGUUUCGAUGGUGCUCAACGACUAGGAAUUCGUGAUCUAAAGCAGCCUGAAUACGGUGACCCAAUAGACAUUGCUGAAAACGAAAUACCUGUAUUCUGGGCGUGCGGUGUUACCCCCCAACUGGCAGUGGCAACUGUUGGGCAGUCGAUAGAUGGUGCUGUUGUUGGCCACACACCUGGUCACAUGCUGGUUUUAGAUACAACUCAAGUUUCUUGA